AUGUUGAUACCAACAUGUGUAAUCAAAUUAUUGGAACUGACAUUAGCUGUAGCUUGCCUCACACUCCAUCAUUAUAGCUACGAUUUGAGUGAUGUCCCUGCGCUGAUACUAUAUUCUGGCACAUAUAUGGGGUACGUUAUCGUGCUCUCAGGAGAGAUAGUAGGGGAAAUGAUUUUCGCCCCGUUAGAUCUUGUCCAAGACAUGUAUUUUGGAAUGCUGGGGAUUAUCUUAUUCUCAGUUAGCGGUGGCAUAGUACUGUCUACAAGAGCAUAUUCCUAUAACUACCCCCUUACAGGAGAUUCUACAACAGCAUUGAUAGUCGGUUACUUAGCUAUACUAAACGCUGUGGUAAUGCUUUUUGAUUUAAGUCUUGCAUAUUUGGACAGCGAACAGUUUGAUGACGAAGCUAGUGAGGCGGUUUCAGCGGCGGCGGACGCUUAUAUCGACGCUUGGUGGUCUGCGGCUGGCUCGGUUUUAUUUGGGGCUUGUGGAGCUUUGACUUUGAAUAACUGGAAAUAUGUGCCUGAUUGUGCUCGUCACAGACAAGCGCGCACGACAGCGGUAUGCGCCUUCGCUGCUGCUGCACUGUUCCUCUUAGAUGCCUUAAUAGCUCUUUGUUCCGCACACAAAGAUGCAGAUAGUAUACGAUCAAAGUCAAGUAAACGAUGUAGCCCU